AACCAGAAACAGCUAAGAGUAAAAUUCCAUGACAUGUUUUAAUGCAACGUGGAAGUGAUAAAUAAGGAUCUAAGCAUGGCACAAGCAGAGAUGAUAGUAGAACAAGAUUACCCAUGGGUAUGGGCCUCUCAUAAUAAGUUUAAACUUUUAAGUGGUAAUGAAAUCCCUGCAAUUGGGCUUGGAACUUGGAAAGCAGGCGAUGCUGCAGGGGAUGUAGUUUUCAAUGCCAUUGUGCAGGAUGGUUACCGCCAUGUUGAUACUGCACAACAAUAUGCUGUACAAGAAGAGGUGGGAUAUGGACUAAGAGCUGCCAUGGAUGCAGGCAUUGAGCGCAGGGAUAUCUUUGUUACAUCUAAACUUUGGUGCACUGACAUGUCUCCAGAAAGAGUGAGACCUGCUUUUAAUAGAACUCUCAAUGAAUUACAGCUGGACUAUCUUGAUCUAUAUAUGAUUCAUUGGCCCUUUCGCUUGAGAGAUGGAGCAAGCAGACCUCCCAAACCAGGUGAUGUGUUAGAUGUAGACAUGAAGGCGGUUUGGAAAGAAAUGGAAAAGCUGGUAGCAGACAAGGUAGUUCGUGAAAUUGGGAUCUGCAAUUUUACUGUAAAAAAGCUUGAAUCUCUACUAAGUUAUGCUACAAUUAUGCCUUCUGUAUGCCAGGUGGAGAUGCACCCUGGCUGGAGAAAUGAUAAGAUUUUGAAUACUUGCAGAAAAUACAAUAUACAUGUUACUGCAUAUUCACCACUGGGUUCACAGGGGAGCCAAACAAGAGACCUUAUUAAUGAUGAGACAGUUAAAAUGGUUGCUAAAAGAGUGAGCAAGACACCAGGGCAGGUGCUUAUAAAAUGGGCUCUUCAGAGAGGAACAAGUACCAUUCCCAAGUCCACCAACCCUGAAAGAAUAAAAGAAAACAUUGAAGUGUUUGGAUGGGACCUUCCUGAAUUGGAAUUCAAUGCUCUAAGUAGCCUUCCAGAUCAGAGAAGGGAGUUGGAUGGCGCAGAAUUGUUUGUGUGUCCAGAGGAACCUUAUAAAUCAGUGGAAGAGCUGUGGGAUUAUGAAUGAUGUUGCAUUGUCUGCCAUAUUCUCUGCUGGUUGUACAAAAUGCACCAUAUCUUCUUACCA